GCAUAUUUCUCCUACAAGGCAUAUAGUCUUUUCUUUCUGCAAAUACUGGUCUUCACCAAAACCCUUUUUCUGUUUUCUCCCAUCUCUCACUGUCCACCUUUAACCCUAACCCUUCUCUCCCCAAUAUGGCCACCGCCCAACCCUCCGAGAACGGCUCCGCCAAGGCUCCGGAACCCGACCCGCGACCCGAACCCGUCACCGAAGCCGCCACAACUGCCGCGCCCCACUCCGACCCGUCCACCACUACAAUCGAUAACAACCAAAAUCGGAACCCCGACUCCGAAUCCGCUCCUUCCGAGGCUCCGGCGAUGACUUCCAGCAGCGAUGCCGUGUCCGCCGCCGAUAAAAGAUGGCCGGGGUGGCCCGGCGACUGUGUUUUCCGGCUGAUUGUGCCGGUUCUUAAGGUCGGGAGCAUUAUCGGCCGGAAAGGCGAGCUCAUUAAGAAGAUGUGUGAGGAGACAAGAGCUCGCAUUCGCGUCCUUGACGGCGCCGCAGGGACUACUGAUCGCAUCGUGCUGAUCUCCGGAAGGGAAGAGCCAGAGGCUCCUCUUUCCCCUGCAAUGGAUGCUGUAAUAAGAGUAUUCAAACGUGUCGCUGGAUUAUCUGAGAGUGCAGGUGAGGCAGAGUUGUCUGGUGCUGCUGGAGUUGCAUUCUGUUCCAUCCGUUUGUUGGUAGCAUCCACACAAGCGAUUAAUUUAAUUGGAAAACAAGGAUCAUUAAUCAAAUCUAUACAGGAGAGUACCGCUGCUUCUGUGCGAGUAUUGUCUGGAGAAGAGGUUCCAUUCUAUGCUGCUGCUGAUGAGAGGAUUAUUGAAAUGCAGGGAGAAACCUUAAAGGUGCUCAAAGCUCUAGAAGCAGUAGUGUCUCACCUGAGGAAGUUUUUGGUCGAUCAUAGUGUUCUUCCUCUUUUUGAGAAAACUUACACUGCUCCAGUUUCUCAAGAACGCCAACCAGAUCCUUGGGCUGACAAGUCGUUGCUUCAUACUGCAACUCAAACUGGAGGUAGCACUAAUUAUCCUCUCACAGCUACGCGGGAAUCUUUGUUUCUCAGCCGUGAGACGCAAUUGGAAUCACAACUCCCAUCCUCUGGACUUUCCAUUUAUGGACAAGAGGCUUCUCUUUCUUCAAUACGUUCUUCAGGACUUGGCCGUCCUGGUGCUCCUAUUGUUACUCAGAUUACGCAAACAAUGCAAAUUCCUCUGUCGUAUGCUGAGGACAUUAUUGGAGUUGAAGGGAGGAGUAUUGAAUUUAUUCGUCGUAGUAGUGGAGCCUUGUUAACUGUACAAGAGAGCAGGGGACUACCUGAUGAAAUUACAGUGGAAAUAAAAGGCACCUCAUCACAGGUUCAGGCGGCUCAACAACUGAUUCAGGAAGUUAUAGCAACCAGCAACAAGGAUCAAAUUCCAAGCAGCUAUGGCAGGAUGGAUACCGGAUUGAGGUCAUCCUACUCUCAGUUAGAUUCUAUAUCUUACCCUUCCUCUUCAGUAUCCUCGCUACCUUAUGAUGCGUAUGGAAAUUCAAUACCUUCACAACAACCUUAUGGAUCUUCCGGUCUAGGAGGAGGCUACAGCACAUUCCGGCUUUGAAUAAAAAUGGUAAUCAAACACCAAUGGUGGCUUCUCUACUUGGACUAAUUAUUUCCAAUUAAUUCUGAUUAGAGAAAAUUUAAUGCACCUUGGUGUAGUAUUUGUAAAGUGUCAGAGCGGGGCGGGAUCCCUUUAAGUGACCUCAUAUCAUCAGAUUUGAUCUGUUGGUAGCUUUUCAGGUUGCUAAUCUUGAAGGGGGGAUAAAAGAAAAAAUUGUAAUGAAACAGUAGAAACUUUCUUUAUGUUUCAUAAAUUUGUGCAUUAGGAUGGGAGUGAGCAUUUUGCAGUUAUGUUUUUUCUUUAAUUGAAUCAAACUUUGGCUUCCAACUUGUUCUUUUGAAUAUUUGCUGAA